CACACUAAGGAAAUGGCGAAGUUGCAUCACGCCUGGGCGACUGUCGUCCUGUUUUUGGUUAUAUUUGUAUCAGUUGAAGGCCUGAACUGCUUCCAGUGUAAUUCAACAUUGGAUCACAACUGCCAAGAACAUUUUAACCAUAAUUAUGACAUCAACCCACUGACAUCACAGCACUGUACAGUAUGGAAUUCUCGCUACUGUAUCAAAAUCACUGGCCUUUGGGGAGGUGUGGUUGGCACUCAUCGGUUCUGUAGCUCACGUGACCUCGGUGACCAAUGUCAGGAUAUUUUCUACCCCGAUCAUGAUCGUAUGUACCGAGCUUGUGUUUACACCUGCACUGCCGAUGACUGCAAUGAGGCUAGUUCACUGUGGACGAAAUGGACAUUAGUCACAUCCCUUGUGUUGGCUUUCUUUUCCUAUAAAAUCGGUGUAUUAUGAAAAGAGAACUUAUGUCACUGAAAACACAUAACACGAACAGAUCUCCUUCAACUAUGCAAUUUCUGGAUCACACACCAGAACCUAGGAGUAUUUAUGUAAACCAAGAAAUACCUAAAGUAAUUAAACAUUGAAGUUGAGUAACAUCAGCAGAUUGGACAUGUACUCAAACCUCAAUGUUUAGCAGGAACAUGUCUAGAAGAUUAUAAAAGAUCAUGUGUAUAUCACAUAGCAGAUAUUUACAUGGAAAUUCUUAUUCUAAUACAAAAGUUACAGAAUUUAUAUAACCUGGUUCAGUAAUAGCAUUGGAUUUUUAUACUAUAUGUAUAUACAUUACUUGUGCCAUCAACACUGAAUCAAAGAGAAAGGUAGACAAAUGAUUUUACACCAGUCAGAUUAUAGUGCAGGUAUAUGUAUCUCCAGUAUAAUGAGAGUCCGCAUUUAACUGGAUUGAUGUUAGAGUUAAGCUGUUCUGACUUCCAAGUAAUGUAUUAGCCACAUGUAGAUAUGUCUAAUUAUGAAUGACUUUUAAAUUUACUUCUGAAUGAUCCCUAAAUUAAUCAAAGUUCACUACACAAAUUGUUUUCUCAUACAGAUCAAUAUUUUUCAUUAUCCACAGCAGAUAUAAGGAGCUAUAUACUAUGUAGAAGACCCAAUGAUGACUAGAUUUAAUAAUGAAAAUGCAUGAUAUCAAACAGACAUGCUUGUACAAACUACCACAGCUGGCAUAUUUACUACCGGUAUAUAAAAGUGGUAUGUGCUGAUAAAUGUAAUGUCAUAAUUGUAAAUGACAACAAAUCAAAGAGCAUAACAUUUCAGAAAAAAAUGUUAACACAAAAUUUGUUUUUAAUCCUGAAAUUUCAUAAAAUUCCACCAAAAUUUGCAGUAUAAUGAAUACACCUGGUAAUGUUGAGAAGUUGUCAAAGUUUUCAGUAAAUCAUCGUUAUGUAAACCCUCUCUAUAGUUUCAUAUACAGAGACCUGUGUAAACUGGAUUUCAUGCUACCUGUCCUACACCAGAAACCUUUAUAAACCAGUACUUGCUCCAGAUAAUACUAUGUACAUUUUUUUCAAGAAGAAUCAUAGCAAAAUCAGUUACACAUGUGUCUAUAAUAUUUUACCACUGUUCUUCAUCAGACAAAAAUGUAUUUUGUACAUAGACUGAUUUCUUCUACACAAAAGUGGUAACUGAGCACACAUGCUAAGUUCUACAAUAUAUGUGAAAAAAUUUGAAUCUUAAAGAAAUACCUGGUUGUCAUAUACUUUUCUUUUUAAAAGUUUUUGGUUUUUUUAGUAAUUAUGUUUUGUUGUUAACAUCAUGUCAUAAUUGUCAUCAAAGAUUGUUUAAAAUUCAUUAAACUUCCAAGGACAUAUCAAGGGAGAUAAUUCAUGUAUCAUGCUCAUUCUGUAAUAGCUGUAUAGAUGUAUAUAUGUAAAUUACAACGUCUAAUUCAUUUCCUCAUUUCAUAUUAAGUGGUUGAUUAAUCAAAUAAGUAAAUCCAUUCCUUUCGUC